AUGGCACCACAAUCUCUGCGUAAUAUAUUGCUUCUGUCUGUUCUUUUUCCUUUUGCUCUGUCUGUCCCGACAACCGACCCUUCAUCCUCCGCCGAGUUUCCUACUUCGCUCCGACCCAAAGCGAUCUAUUCCCAUACCGAAAAGCCAGUCGGGCCAUUCCGCAGACUCCGUAACGCCCUAAUUGAACGGAUAUGGUCUAUACCAGGCAGCUCAGUACCAGAAUACACACCCACUUUGGCGUCGAGCACUGGGGUGGCCCCGGAGAACUUUCGCGCACGAUACGGGGCGGACGUUGUCCUAAGAUUCCGGGUCAACAGCGAGGAUGAAGCAAGAGCAUUGGCUGAGGCGUCAAACAUUUUGUACCUGGACAUUUGGGAGGCGACGGACGAGUGGGUGGACAUCAGGAUAGCCAAAGACGUGGUACCGUCAUUUAUCGGCCUACUCCCACCAUCACUUCGAGAUUCAUAUACACCAUUAAUGCACGACCUCGCCCGUGCAGUCUACGACACUUAUCCACAAAGCUCAUCGACCGAUGAAGGCAACACUCUAACCCCUGGUCUCACCACAUUGCACGACUGGGCAUCAGGUAGAGGUGCGCCCGAGGACCUAUUCUUCCGCGACUACCAGCCUCUAUCAGUCCUAUACCCCUGGCUCCGACUGAUUGGAUCUCUUUUCCCCAACCACGCCUCGUUAACCAGUAUCGGUCUCUCCGCCGAAGGACGAGACAUUCCCGCCCUGCGGAUCGGGGCGCGACCGGCGAACGAUGAACCGGACCAUGGGACCGAAAAGCGACAGACUUUAUUGAUCGUCGGCGGGACUCACGCCCGGGAAUGGAUUUCCGUCUCUACGACAGCAUAUAUCGCUUACAACCUCGUGACGCGAUACGGACACCCACAAUAUCCAUAUGUGACGAAAAUCCUAGACCAUUUCGACGUGGUCUUUGUCCCUGUCCUCAACCCAGACGGAUACGAAUAUACGUGGACGACGGACAGACUGUGGCGCAAGAACAGACAGGCAACAUCACUCCCGUUCUGCCCUGGAAUUGAUAUCGGGCGCUCAUUCCCAUUUGGCUGGGACGGUUUUGGAGAAACCGACAAUCCAUGCAGCGACAGUUAUGCCGGACCGGCACCCUUGGCAGGAACCGAAGCGCAGGUGUUGUUCGAAUGGGCCAGAAAUCAAACGGACAACAACAAUGUCGAAUUGGUGUCCUUUUUGGAUCUGCACUCGUACUCGCAGCAAGUGCUGUACCCGUACAGCUACACUUGCGACGUGAGUCCGCCGACAUUGGAAGAUCUCGAGGAGGUGGCACUCGGUCUGGCCAAGUCGUUCCGGCUGACGAACGGCCAUUACUAUGGCGUGGAGAGUGCGUGCGAGGGCGGCAUUUCGUUUCAGGCCCACCAAAAGGACCACAGUUCCAAAAGGACUCGUAUCCAGGCCGACGCUCAGGGCGGAUCCGCGUUGGAUUUCUUUUAUCAUGAUUUGCUCGUCAAGUUUUCUUUCCAGAUCAAGCUUCGCGACACGGGGAAUUACGGCUUCUUGCUGCCCAGGUCGAAUAUCGUGCCGACGGGAGAAGAAGCCUAUGAGGCCGUCGUAGGUCUCGGUCGCUGGUUGUUGGGGAACCGUGGCAUCGAAAGUGUGGACAGCACUACGUUCUGGGGUCUAGAACCUGCCCCCGGCCAAGACAAUAGUCGACAGGACAAGCCCGCCGCAACGGAAGUCCACGCUGCGCCAGCAAAGGCGGAGGAAGAGAAGGAUGAUGAUGACUACUUGUACGAUGAUUCGGAUUUUGAGUUGCGGAGGAGGAGGAGAAGACGUUGA